AUGUCAUUACCACAUGACGCACAGUCAUGUUACAAUCUCAUCUGGCGCAUGAAUAAGAACUUGGAACGAGAGGUCGAGAAAGUUGGUCCAAGUGGACGCCGGGGUUACGACAAGGACCUGCAGGGAUGGAAGGCGGAAGCACACGAUCUCGGCAACUGCAAACCUCGAAGGAGGAAACUCGCCUUUAUCGGUAGGACAGGAGCUGGAAAAAGCACGGCUAUUAAUGCCAUAUUGGGAGCCCCAGUAUUAUCAACGCGAGCAGACACUGAAAUAAUCUACGAAGAUUUGCCCCCUUCAACUUGGAGAGCAAGCGUCAAGUUUAUAGAAAAAGAUGAGUGGAAAAAAACUCUGCAUAAUCUUCUAGAUGAUAUCAGGUUUAUCCUCACCUUCGUACACUAUCAUUCCCCCCGCCUCAUCAAGACGUACAUACACUCCUGGACCAUGAACCUGUGGUGUCCAUACUUGCUCCGGCCGUAUCUGACUUCGUUGGAGGAACAGCUGUCGGAACCGUCCCUAUGGCAUCUGGUAGACAGUGUUCGUAUUUACGGAGCGUUCGAAGUGCUCGCAUCUGGUGCGGUCACACUUGUGGACGUUCCUGGUUUCGGGGAUGCCAACAAAACAAGAACUAAGCGUACUAAGGAGUACUUGAAAAAUGUCGAAGUAGUAAUACUAGUGGCAGACAUCAAGCGUGCAGCUGAUGACGAGGCCAUGCACAUCUACUUUGAGAAAUUCUUGCAUCAAAUGAUCGCAAUAGAUGGCCGCGUAGAAUCGCUGUUGAUCUUGCUUACCGGAGCGGACAUACGAAUCAACGAGGACCAGUUGCAUCAUCUUGGUUCAAACCAACGCCAGAUAAUUCAGAAAAUGUGCCAGGAAAUUGACCGUCUCAGCGAAAGCCUGGAUGAGCAAGAUAAACAAUCCAACGUGUUCUUUCUCGAGUUCUACAUGGCUCCGAAAGAUGGUCCCGAGUUUGCGGGACUGUCGCAGCGUCUACACUCGACCAGAGAAAUGAAAGACCAGACAACCAGACAAUUGCAACUGGCAAAUGCUACCAAAGACACGUACAUUGCACACCAACGAUCUGCUCGGGCACGAAAUGUCUUUCUGGAGCUCUAUCGUCAAGUGUACUGUAGUAUUAAGCAGGACUCUACCUGUCAACCUCCUUCGCUACCUAUUUUCUGCAUUGGAAGCAUGGACUACACCCAACUUUUGGUGACGAAUAAACGACACCGAGCUCCGGUGGUCUUUACUGAUCUCGAAGAUACUGGUAUUCCGCAGUUGUGUCGUUACAUUCACGAUUUUGGUUGCAAGAAAGCCAUCUCAGAUAUCAAUGCUCACGCGCACAGGUCAGCUUUACUAUGGGAAUCAAUUGAGAGCUACUUUCUUUCUUCACGGCGGGAUUCGAGGCUCGCAGCCUAUGAGGAUGCAGCAAGAGGUCUGAUGGAGACUCUCAAAGAUCAAAAGACUGUCGACGAGAUAUGGCGAACUUCAGGAACCAAGAUGGACAACAGCAUAAAUGAACUGGAACAAUCUCUCCGAAUUGAAGCCGGAAAGGCAUCUGAGCGCAGUCUCAACACCAUCAAGGUGCUUGGAGAGCAUCAUCAAUGGCGCAGCUACCGUACUCUUAUGCGCCGAGAGGGUGAAUGGCGAUCAACAGAUCUCAACGAGGACCUCACCCUUGGCAUAUUAGAGGGCAAUGCAUCAAGUGUGUGGCAUAGGUUAUUUAACGAUUUUCUAAGAACGGAAAUCAAUUCACUUGUUGUGGAUAUCUCGGAUCGUUUCAAUGAAACAAUCAGAGCCAUCAAGAAUCGAGCCCAACGAACAACAACAAUCGCCCCACACAUCGACAAUGCAUGUAACUUUAUACACCCAUUUGAUAUCAUGAAUCCUGCACGAGACCAGUACAUGUCAGCCAUUUUGACAAUGCAACGGGACUUUUGUGGGUCCUUGAAGGGACUUAUGCGCGCCGCACUGGAGGACCACUAUUGUGUUGUUGGAAGGGAAUCUGGUGUGGGAAUGUAUCGACGGAUGAAGGAUCUAAAUGAGGAACGAUUCAGUCCAAAGAAGGCUCAAGAGUUAUACACCAAGCUCAUUGACCAGGUCAUGACAGCUGUCCGAAUGGCAAGGAAUAAGGGGGAAACGGCACUCGACGAAGCACUCGCCCGUCUGUAUGCAAUCAUUGAACGUUCUCUUGUCUGUGUGCAGGGAGAUGAUCAAAUAUGCAAGACCACACGGAGGAAUAUGCAGAAAUUUCUCGACCAAGAAUACAGCGCACCGCUGACAGAGGUGACGAUUAUCACGGAUAAGUAUAAAGAGCGCGGCGACACAGCGCUAAGAUGCGCCGAGAUUCACCUUUGCAAAUACCCAAGAUCUUCGGUACGGGCGAAUACAUACCAGUACAGAUAUAUCAAAGUAUGGACAGAAACCGAAAUGCCGAACAAGAAGGCAGCCAGAACUCUAAUGGAUGACGUGUACAAUACGCGCAGAGGACUCCGGGAGCGCGAGCGCGGGUGA